CUCAUCAUCUUGGGCCCGAAGUGGGCUUCGAGUUUUCACCUGCAGCGAUGACCCGAACUGUUUCGGUCUUGCUUCUUGGUUAGCCGAUCGACGAAGCCGAAAGAUACUUGGCGAGCACAAAGCACGAUUUUAUUGGCAACCAAUCCAAAGAUCUUCUUGUUUUCGCGAUUGAUUACAGUUAUAGAGAGAAAUGCAUCCAUAGGACUCAUUUUCAGAGAGAGCAAUAGAGAAAAUGCAGAAAUUGGGAGAUUUCAAGCUACCACAUUUCUUCAAUUACCCUCCAUACUUCACUUUGCAACCGGUGAAGGACACCCGUGAGAAGCAAAUUCAACUUUGGAAGGAACUUAUUCUCGACUACUGCCGAACACAAAAGAUAUUUGUCAUUGGACUCGAAGAGGAAUUUCCUCUAUUUUCAAAUUCUGUCAUUGAGAGAUCUCUCAGUCAUGAAGCUAGAGUAGCGUUUCUCUCUGCCUUAGUUUCAGAUGGUCGUGCAGAAUGGCUGGAUAAGGGACAUAGGAAAUGUCUUAUUUUGUGGCACCGAAUUCAAGAUUGGGCUGACAUCAUUUUGCACUUUGUGAAAAACAAUGGACUUGAAGAUAGUGUUAUGACAGUUGAGGAAAUACGUUCAGGAGUUGAAUCUAGAGGAACAGAGCUUCAAGGGAUUGACCGUACGAUUUUAAUGCGAGCAUUGAAGCAACUUGAACAGAAGGGAAAGCUUGCAAUUUUCAAGGGUUCUUCAACAGACGAUGAAGGCAUUAAAUUCUCUGUAUGACUCCAAUAUCGAACGGCCUCAAUGUGAAUUUUCCAGUUCAAUCUUCUUCUAAAUGAUACUCAUCUGUAGUUUCCCUGCCUAUUCAAACUGGGAUUGUGAAGAGUUCUUGCCAUAGUUUUGGUGCAGCAUUUCAGUGUAGUAAUGUAACCAAUAAGUAAGAGCCUUCAAGUAGAACUUAAGAAACUAUGCUUGGGAGUGCUUUGGAAGGAUAUGGUAUUUUGUGUAGCCUUUUGAAGUUCUUUUAAAUGUAUUUUUAUUAUCAGUUGGAAUGAUUUGAAAGUGGGAAUUGGGGAACUGUAA